AUGUCGUGGGCAAUAGACGAUGACUAUGAAGCAUUCAAGAGAGCUGCGCACCACGGCCAUGCUUUAAUACUACCUCCACCGUGGCUUCUACACGUAUGGGACGUCACAGACGAAAACCCUGAGGGCGUCUGGCAUGUCGAGUCGAAUCCCCAAAGUCUUCAGAGCAAGGCACGGCUGCGCAUAGUCUUUGCACCCUUCCAUGACCCUGAACCGUGUUCUCUGCCCAGCGUCCUGGCGCUCUUUCGUCUCCUACACGUCCCUAGCGACUUCACGACCAGCGUCCUGCAGUCCGUCUGUCACAGUUUUGGCCGCAAGACCGACAACUACGGUUGCUGUUCGUGGUUUCACUUUCUCUUCAAGAACAUCAGCCUCAAGCACCAAAACGGCAAACUGCCUGAGGUGGACAAUCGCGCCGCCAGCGCCGGAUACGCCUCGUCGACGCUUCCUCAAGCUGACUACAGCUGGCUCAAGUCCAGCUUCUUCCUCCGCCAGCACGACGAUGGAGGCACAGUGCUUGUUUGCUUUGGGGCGCAGCCGAGAGUGUGGCAGAGGAUCGAGCUCUUCAUCGACAGCGGCAAGUGGGCCGACGCCGGCAUCAACCCCUAUGUCCUCUUCGACCUCGUGCUCGAUGGCCUGUACUUUGAAGUCGACGAGACGGUCUGGAACAUGAACACCGUCUUUGGGCCCCUGGAACAUGUACAGUGGGGGGACAAAAGUUCCGGUCAAUGA